AUGGCCCUCGCUGUCCAAACGGUCGAGGGGUGGCUUUGUCGAUUCCGCGACUUAGUUUCCGAUUUCGGAAGUUUGACAGAUAUCGCAGGGCAGUGUUUCCGAGACGACGUCGGAAUUUUGCGAGGCGUGUACAUCGCAUCUUAUCUCAUGCAGAAUAGCAGGCAUCUACAUAUACUAGCUUUCUCAGAGGCUGAGCAGUGUCCAUGGGUCUUUACGAAGAAUUUUCUCAAGACGGACCCCGACCGUCCAAAGUCAUGCACAUCUGGCACGUUACGUAAUACGCCAACUUUUGAAAAGACGUCGCAAUGCGGAGAAGCUCACAAUUAA